GGGCCCUGCUCAUGUGCUGGAGGGUGAAGCUGUAACUCUGCAUUGUAGAAACAAGACACUGUCUGCCAGCCUUCCAGCUGUCUUCUAUAAGGAUGGCAUUUUCAUUGGGACAAGCUCCACUGGAAACAUGACCAUCCACCAAGUCUACAAGUCCCAUGAAGGACUUUACAAGUGCAGAAUAUCUGGAGGUGGAGAAUCACCAGGCAGCUGGCUGUCUGUCAGAGUUGGUUCUGUGAUCCUGGAGAGUCCACCUUUCCCUGUCAUGGAGGGUGAAACUGUCAUUCUGCGCUGUAAAAAGAAAGGAGCUCUUCUAAACCACAUAGCUGAUUUCUAUAAAGAUGACCUGAAAAUUGGAACCGGCUAUUCUGGGAAGAUGAUCAUUCACAAUGUAUCCAGGUCUGACGAAGGACUCUACAAAUGUAUAAUCUCUGGAGCUGGAGAAUCACCAGAGAGCUUGUUGACUGUGAAAGAACAAAAAGCAGAGGUUGUUGCUUUAAUCCUGGAGACUCCUGCUCAUCCUGUGAUGGAGGGCGAAUCUGUGACUCUGCACUGCAAAACCAAAAUGGUUAGUGCCAGCCUUGCUGCUGUCUUCUAUAAGGAUGACAUCUUCAUUGGUACCAACUCUAUGGGAAACAUGACUAUUAGCACAGUCUACAAGUCUCACGAAGGAUUCUACAAGUGCAGAAUAUCAGGAGUUGGAGAAUCAUCAGAAAGUUGGCUGUCUGUCCAAGGGCUUCACAGAGAUACUUCUCUCUUUUCUGACACCUUCCUUGAUCUCCUCCUCCUCUUAAGGUCAAUGGGUGCUAAAAAGACAUCAGACUAA